AUGCUGUCUUCGCCGAGACCAUCGGUGCCUUCCGCGUCCCUUCUGCGGUUCCUCCGAUCGCAGUCUGGUUUCUCGGCCUCGUCAACAUGCGCCCGUCCUGCGAAGUCGCGGCUUCGCGGUGAUCCAGUGCCUUCGGCGUGGUCAUCUCGGAAAUCCUCUAGCUGGGCAGGUCUCUCCGCUUCGCAAAGUUACUCUUCGUUGAAUUCAUUGAAUCUACCAGGCUGGCGACCUAUUCCUGCCGGUACAUUGCCGUUGCGCGCGCCGGGCCAAUCUCUGCUCCCCCGACACGCAUCCACCAAGACCCGGCCCCUACUGCGAAGACUGUGGGACCUCAGGCGAGGUAAGACUGCUGAGCACAAGAACAGUCGCAGUCCAGGAGCGCCAUUUCUCGAGGAUGGAACGGAUGGGAUGUUCAAUGUCGGCCGCACUCUCGCGGCGAAGGCUUCGAAUGAGAUGCGGAUUCGAUGCACGGAGUUUGAUAUCAAUGGGAACGUGACGCUCAUCAAUGGAGAGUUUCGGAAGUUGGAACUAAUUGCCAAAUACGGCCUCCUUCCCCGCGAUCUCCGCAAAAUCGACUCGUCGACUCUGCCACAUAUCCUGGUCCGACCAAGUGCUAUCCUUAUCAACCUUCUACAUCUCCGGGUAUUGAUCAAGGCGGACCGGGUCCUCGUUUUCGACGCCUACGGCUCAACAGACUCUUAUAUGCAGUCCCUGUUCAUCUACGACUUGGAAGGAAAACUACGCCAGAAACAACCCCAAGGCGCACAGCCCGGUGCAGCUCUGCCGUACGAGCUCCGUGCACUGGAAGCAGUUUUGGUCAGUGUCACCAGCGGUUUAGAGGAGGAAUUCAAUGGCGUGAGAGAGCCUGUCGUGCGUGUCCUUCGAGCUCUGGAAGAGGACAUUGACCGCGACAAGCUGCGGCAACUGUUAAUCUACUCUAAGAAACUGGGCACGUUCGAACAGAAAGCGAGGCUUGUUCGGGACGCCAUUGAUGACCUGCUCGAGGCGGAUGACGAUCUGGCAUCGAUGUACCUGAGCGAACGCGCACACGGGAAAGAACGAAAUGAGGACGAUCAUCAGGAAGUCGAGAUGCUGUUGGAAUCGUAUCACAAGGUGUGCGAUGAAAUCGUCCAGUCUGGCGGCAACCUGGUGACGGGUAUCCGCAACACGGAAGAAGUUGUGAAGGCAAUUCUCGACGCCAACCGCAACUCCCUAAUGCUGCUUGACCUCAAAUUCAGCAUUGGGACUCUGGGACUCGCUACCGGAACUUUAUUCUCAGCCCUUUAUGGCAUGAAUCUGAAGAACUUCAUCGAAGAGUCCGACAUCGGCUUCGGCGGUGUCUCUGUCGCCUGCUUCGCCCUCACCGCCAUCGUAUGCGUUUACGGACUGGCGAAACUGCGCAAGCUCCAGCGUGUGCGAAUGUGGGGGGAGUCCGGUUCGGGGGGAGCCUCAUUGACUCCCCUCAGCCGCACAAACUGGCGUGCUGACUCGGUCGAGCCGGUUUGGGGCGGUCUUCCGGGCGAAGGACGCUCAGAGCGCAUGAGGCGCCUGAGGGAGAAUGCUGCGGCCAUGGCUGCCUCGCGGAGAGCUUCGGCAACAGCCGCAGCUACGGCGGCUGCCGCUGCAGCGAAGACGCAGGGCCUAGGCACUCAGGACCAGGACCAUUCUGAGGGCAGAUCAUCUCGCAAGAAAACGGACGACGGUGGUCGCGAGCGACAUGCGGAUCCUAGCCCAGGGCCUGCAUCUGCGGUGGAGGGAGGAGUGGCCUCAUGA